GGCUGUCAGGUUUCCGGGGCCUCUGGUGUGACGUGUCCCGUGUCUGGCGCAGCAGGAAGCGGCGGCGAUCGUGGCUCGAGUCCGCCGGCUGCGGCCCGCUGCCCUCCCCUCCCUGCCCCGCCGCCGCCAUGCUCGACUUCUUCACCAUCUUCUCCAAGGGCGGGCUCGUGCUCUGGUGCUUCCAGGGCGUGAGUGACUCGUGCACCGGGCCCGUCAACGCGCUGAUCCGUUCCGUGCUGCUGCAGGAGCGGGGAGGCAACAACUCCUUUAACCAUGAGGCGCUCACACUCAAAUACAAGCUGGACAACCAGUUCGAGCUGGUGUUUGUGGUUGGUUUUCAGAAAAUCUUAACGCUAACUUACGUAGACAAAUUGAUAGAUGAUGUGCAUCGGCUGUUCCGGGACAAGUAUCGCACAGAAAUCCAACAACAUAAUGCCAUGAGUCUACUAAAUGGCACUUUUGACUUCCACAGUGAUUUCAUGCGUCUCCUUCGGGAGGCAGAGGAGAGCAGUAAGAUCCGUGCUCCCACUGCCAUGAAGAAGUUUGAAGAUUCUGAAAAGGCCAAGAAAACUGUGAGGUCCAUGAUUGAGAUACGUGGGGAGAAGCCCAAGGAGAAAGCUAAGAGCAACAAGAAAAAUAAAGGGUCUAAGAAAGAGGGUGCUGAAAGCUCCUCACCUGCCAGCAAAGGGGCCCCUACAGGAAAGCCUGAUCUCCCAGUUGGCCCUGGGGAUGGGGUGGAACUGUCCAAAGAAGAGCUGAUGCGCAAGAAGCGUGAGGAAUUCAUGCAGAAGCAUGGGAGAGGUGCUGAGAAGUCCAGUAAGUCCUCAAAGUCAGAUGCACCAAAGGAGAAAGGCAAAAAGGCACCUCGGGUGUGGGCACUGGGUGGCUGUGCCAACAAAGAAGUCUUGGACUAUAGCCCACCUACCACCAAUGGAACCCCUGAGACCACCUUACAAGAGGACAUCAGUCUGAUCCGAGGAACUCAGGCUGGGGGGCAGCUACAGGAUCUGGACUGUAGCAGUUCAGAUGAUGAGGAAAUCAUGAAGAACUCAGCCAAACCCAGUGCUACAAAGGGAGCCCUGGGGGGCAUGUUUGGGAUGCUGAAAGGCUUGGUUGGCUCUAAGAGCUUAAGUCGGGAAGAUAUGGAAUCUGUGCUGGACAAGAUGCGAGACCACUUAAUUGCUAAGAAUGUGGCUGCAGACAUCGCUCUCCAGCUUUGUGAGUCUGUCGCCAACAAGCUGGAGGGGAAGGUGAUGGGCACGUUUAGCACUGUGACUUCGACAGUAAAGCAGGCAUUACAGGAGUCAUUGGUACAGAUCUUGCAGCCACAGCGGCGUGUAGACAUGCUCCGAGAUAUCAUGGAUGCUCAACGCCGUCAACGUCCUUAUGUUGUUACUUUCUGUGGGGUCAAUGGAGUAGGCAAGUCCACAAAUCUUGCCAAGAUCUCCUUCUGGCUGUUGGAGAAUAACUUCAGUGUCCUCAUUGCUGCCUGUGACACAUUUCGGGCAGGGGCAGUGGAGCAGCUGCGUACCCACACACGGCGUCUUAGUGCUCUGCAUCCUCCAGAGAACCAUGGUGGCCGAACCAUGGUGCACCUGUUUGAGAAGGGCUAUGGCAAAGAUGCUGCUGGCAUUGCCAUGGAGGCUAUUUCUUUUGCUCGGAAUCAGGCCUUUGAUGUGGUCUUGGUGGAUACAGCUGGCCGAAUGCAAGACAAUGCACCCUUGAUGACUGCUCUGGCCAAACUCAUUGCUGUCAACACACCUGACCUGGUGCUGUUUGUUGGGGAGGCCUUGGUGGGAAAUGAAGCUGUAGAUCAGCUGGUAAAAUUCAACAAAGCUCUGGCUGACCACUCUAUGGCUCAAACACCCCGGCUCAUUGAUGGCAUUGUUCUCACCAAAUUUGAUACCAUUGAUGACAAGGUGGGUGCUGCCAUUUCUAUGACAUACAUCACAAGCAAACCCAUUGUCUUUGUUGGGACUGGCCAGACCUACAGUGACCUGCGUAGCCUCAAUGCCAAGGCUGUGGUGGCUGCCCUCAUGAAGGCUUAACUUGAUGCAGCACCCCAUACCAAAUCACUGCUUUCCUCUACCCUUUCCUCCCCUGUGUCUAGAAUGUUUUUUGAAGUAUGAGAUCAGCUUGUCACGAAUGUAUUGCAAACACAGAAUAAAGGGAGCUCCAGGGGCUUGCAAUUUUCCCAGAACCUUGUCCCGGCCAGCCUCCCCACCUAACCUAGAUUCUUUAUCUGCCAGGAGGGCCCAAUCAUGUUUCAA